AUGUUAUUGAAUCAAUUCAUGUUCUGGAUGAUGGUAACUGAGGCUCUUAUAUGUCUCAUACUGAGUCUUCCCUUUGGCCAGCGAUUAUCCUAUGCCGUUAUUUCAUUUCUAAUGCGAUAUUUUGGAAAAGAUUCACCUGCAAAUACCGUUGCGACUAUUAUUCUCGCCUUGGUCUCGAUUCUCUUUAUCUCGGACGUUACGACACUUUACAAGCAUCAUUCUUCCGAAGAAGUACUUGGUGAUGGCAUGCGGAUUCGACUCCUUACAGCCCAACGAGACAUGUACAUUACGGGAUUUUGUCUCUUUCUGUUCUUGCUGCUACGUCUUGUCUAUAUCACAUUGGCGACAAAUAUUCACUUGGAAAAAAGUCUGGAAGCCAUGACCAAACAAGCAGAAGGAGCAGCUGCUGGAUAUAAAGUCUUAUUGGCUGAAAAUGCUAGUUUGAAGAAACAGACGGAGAAAUUUCAUGAGCUUUUGGACGGUGAAGAAGGUGAUGAGAAGAAGAAGAAGAAAAUUGAUGCGUUGGCUCGAUUGGUGCAGGAAAAUGCCGAGUUGGAAGAAGAGGUGAAAAAUUUGGCUGAGAAAUUGGAAAAAGCACACGAACAAGUUGGGGUGGUGACGAAACAAGCGGAAGGACAAAGCUCGGCGUUUAUGAAACUUAUGGAUGAGAAGAAUGAGGUGGACAAGCAAUUGGAAACGACCAAAUCUCAGGAGGAGAAAUUGAAGCGUCAACAUGAAGAGAUUACCAAGUUGACGGAAGAACGUGAUUCAUUGAAGGCGCAGAUUCAGGACUAUGAUUUCAUGUUUGCUGAAGCCAAGAAGAAGGCGGAGUAA